CUUCCCUUCCCCUAGAGGAUUCUUCUUUCCCCACUGGACCUCUGGCAACUUCUCUCAGGUGGGAAUGGAUAGCAGGGUCUCGGGCACUGCCAGUAAUGGAGAGACCAAACCAGCGUACCCAGUCAUGGAAAAGGCGGAAGAAGAUGGCACCCUGGAACGGGGACACUGGAACAACAAGAUGGAAUUCGUGUUGUCAGUGGCCGGGGAGAUCAUCGGCCUGGGCAACGUCUGGAGGUUUCCCUAUCUCUGCUACAAAAACGGGGGAGGUGCUUUUUUCAUCCCCUACCUCAUCUUCCUCUUCACCUGUGGCAUUCCUGUCUUCCUCCUGGAGACAGCUCUGGGCCAGUACACCAGUCAGGGGGGCGUCACAGCCUGGAGGAAGAUCUGCCCCAUCUUUGAGGGCAUCGGUUACGCCUCCCAGGUCAUCGUCGUUCUCCUCAACAUAUACUACAUCAUUGUCCUGGCCUGGGCCCUCUUCUACCUCCUGAGCAGCUUCACCGUUGACCUUCCGUGGGGGAGCUGCCACCACGACUGGAAUACAGAGCACUGUGUGGAGUUCCAGAGGACCAAUGGCUCCUUGAACGUGACGUCGGAGAAUGCCACCUCGCCUGUCAUUGAGUUCUGGGAGAGGCGGGUCCUGAAGAUCUCUGACGGUAUCCAGCACCUGGGGAGCUUGCGCUGGGAGCUAGCCCUGUGCCUCCUGCUGGCCUGGAUCCUCUGCUACUUCUGCAUCUGGAAGGGGGUCAAGUCCACGGGCAAGGUGGUUUACUUCACAGCCACAUUUCCUUACCUCAUGCUGGUGGUCCUGUUGAUUCGGGGGGUGACAUUGCCUGGGGCAGCCCAAGGAAUCCAGUUUUACCUGUACCCCAACCUCACGCGCCUGUGGGACCCCCAGGUGUGGAUGGACGCGGGCACCCAGAUCUUCUUCUCCUUCGCCAUCUGUCUCGGGUGCCUCACAGCCCUGGGCAGCUACAACAAGUACCACAACAACUGCUACAGGGACUGCAUGGCCCUCUGCUUCCUCAACAGCGGCACCAGCUUCGUGGCCGGCUUUGCCAUCUUCUCCAUCCUGGGCUUCAUGUCUCAGGAGCAGGGGGUGCCCAUCUCUGAGGUGGCCGAGUCAGGCCCUGGCCUGGCUUUCAUCGCCUACCCCCGGGCUGUGGUGAUGCUGCCCUUCUCUCCGUUCUGGGCCUGCUGCUUCUUCUUCAUGGUCGUCCUCCUGGGACUGGACAGCCAGUUCGUGUGCGUCGAGAGCCUGGUGACGGCGCUGGUGGACAUGUACCCCCGCGUGUUCCGCAAGAAGAACCGGCGGGAGCUCCUCAUCCUGGGCGUGUCAGUCGUCUCCUUCCUCCUCGGGCUCAUCAUGCUCACGGAGGGUGGCAUGUAUGUGUUCCAGCUCUUCGACUACUAUGCUGCCAGUGGCAUGUGCCUCCUGUUCGUGGCCAUCUUUGAGUCCCUCUGUGUAGCUUGGGUCUAUGGAGCUGGGCGCUUCUAUGACAAUAUUGAAGAUAUGAUUGGAUACCGGCCAUGGCCUCUUAUCAAAUAUUGUUGGCUCUUCCUCACGCCAGCUGUGUGCACAGCCACCUUCCUCUUCUCCCUGAUCAAAUACACCCCUCUGACCUAUAACAAGAAGUACACGUACCCCUGGUGGGGUGACGCCCUGGGCUGGCUCCUGGCUCUCUCCUCCAUGGUCUGCAUCCCGGCCUGGAGUGCUUACAAGCUCAGCGCCCUCAAGGGCCCCUUCCGAGAGAGACUCCGCCAGCUCGUGUGCCCUGCACAGGACCUGCCCCCUCGGAAGCUGAGCCCCAGGGCGGAGCCCUGCGCGCUGGCCUCGCCCAGGAGCUCCCUCCUCCGACUCACAGAACUGGAGUCAAACUGCUAGGGGCAUCUGGGAGGGCCGGGUCUGGGCAGGGGCGGGGAACAGCUGCAAAAGGGCCUGGCGGGGCAGCUUCCAGAAGCUUCUCUCUCCCCCACUACACACACCCAGGCGAAAUCCAAUAAAGGAGGGGGGUGAUUUGGGAAUCCAUCUUUUGAACUGGUGGUCGUCCUACCCCCCGAAUCAUGAUAGUUUUGAAGUGCCAGCGUUGAGCUGGGGGACAUGGGCCUUGGGUGUGGGCUUACUGGGGGCUCUGGCUUCUGGCCCACCCCCCCGAAAUUUCCAUCCCAUUUAAUUUGCAUUCCUCCCACCCAUGAUGAACACUUGUGCCCAGUUUCUGCCUUUAAAGUGGGGACAGGGUGCUUGCCUUGCACAUGGCUGACCUGGGUUCCAUCCCUGACACCCCAGAUGGUCCCAUAUGCAGAAGUAAGCCUUGAGCGGGGCUGGGUCCGGCUCCAAAGCCAAAAAAUAAAAAUUAGGAAGGUCAGUUUGGGCAGCCUCUGGCUCGCCUUCCCCUGCUGAGGUCUCCUGGCGGCCCCCAGCAGAGGGGGCGGGUGGGAGUGCCAGUGAGACCCCCGUUACAGACUGCCCUGGCUCCCUGCAUGCCCUGUCCUCCCAUCAGCUCUGUGGAGUGACAAAGGGCAGGGAAGGAGG